UUAUCCCUUUUCUAGAUUUUACUUUUUUAUUUUGUAGCGAUGAGUAGUGACAAUUUCUCAACCACAGUAUUGUUUUUAUAUAAACUUUUAAAUAUAGUUACAGUCAGUCAUGUAUAUUAUUAUACAAGCCCACAAUCAACGACCUGAUUGUCAAUCAGGAAGAGAUGAGAAAAGUGUGCCAGUUUGGUUCUAAACGGAGUUCGUGAGCUCAUCCUAGCCUCCUUGUUCACGGGCGUGAGUUUAGCUGUUGUUUUAACUCUGGUACAAUAAUUCGAUAGGCUAUAGGUUUAUAACUGUAACAUUAGAAAUCGCAAAUUAUUUGACCUCAGAAAUAUGAUUUUUUAAUUUUUGGUAUAUUUUCUUUGAAGAUUUGUAUUAUAAGGCAAAGAAGUAUUUCUCCCUCAGAUAAAGAAUAUACUUGGUCCUUUCUAGACUAGACUAGACCUAGACUUCUCCCUUCUCCCAAUUUCAUCCCCUUCCCCCUAAAAUUAUAACUUUAAUUUAACUUUCGGAUUAAAUAACUUCAGAUGGACCGUUGCUCCUUUGCCCCCUUCUCCUAUAAAAAAUAUUGCCCUCGAAUUGAAUAUGUGCUAUAUAAACUAUAACACAUCCGAAACCCGAAAUCGUUUUGUCCACAAAAUUUGCUGGUAGCAAACCGUAUAAACCUAAUAAAACCGUUUUCUUCACAAUAAAUGGUUUGUGACAAAAUAUUUUAUCUUUGUAAAAAACCAUGUCAACAUGUGUCAAUGUCAAAUUGUGUGAUAAUGAUAAUUUAUAAACAAAAACGUCAAACACGCCAAAAGACGCUAGAGGCAAAUAAGUGGCCUAAAAUUGUGUUAAAUUAACCUAAUUAAUAAACUAGUUUCUAAUCAUUUCACUUAAAUGUAAAAUAAAUGCCAUUCUCGCAAAGACAUUAUUAUACAAAGUAGCAAUGGCAGUAAUACUUGGUGGAGGAAUAGGCGGAUUGUCCACCGCUUACUAUCUGCUCAAAAACAAUGUAAGUAAUAACAAUAACUUGAAAUUAUUAUUACUAGAAGCAACAAAUUAUUGUGGAGGAUGGAUCAAGUCAAUAAAAACGAAGGAUUAUAUAUUCGAGCAGGGACCGCGGACUAUCCGGCCUAAAGGUAUCGUUGGAUUGAACACUUUAAAUAUGAUUCAAGACUUAGGUCUCAGCGAACACGUCUUCCCCAUAAAAUCCGAUCACCCAGCAGCUAAAAACAGAAUGAUUUACGUUAAUAACUCGUUGCAUUUAUUGCCGUCUAGCUUAAAAAGUGUUUUCCAAACAAAUGAACCAUUUUCGAAGCCACUUAUUUAUGCAAUAUUCAAUGACUUGCGUAGUCCACAAAAGCAAAUGAAAGAUGAUUCGAUUUAUAAUUUCGCCGAAAGAAGGUUCGGUAAAGAGAUAGCAGAUUAUGCAAUUUCUCCUAUGAUAUGUGGCAUUUGUGCCGGAGAUGCCAAAGAAAUAUCUGUGAAAUUUCUUAUGAAAACACUUUUUGAAUGGGAACAGAAUUAUGGUGGUGUCAUGAAAGGUAUGAUGAAGUCAUUCCUGAAGGGAAAAAAUGACAAUGAUUUAUAUUUCAGUGAACUAGCGAAAAGAGCUCAGGAGGAAAAAUGGAAUGUGUAUACAAUAAAAGGAGGUAUUGCCAACUUUCCGGCCACCUUACUGCAGCAUCUCAGAGAGAACAAUGUGGAUAUUAAAUUGAACAACAAAGUAAAUGAAAUAGAAUUUGUAGACUCAAGUACUGUGAAGUUGAUCAAUAGAUCAGGAGAAGAGAUAAUGGCAAAUCAUGUGUAUGCUUCUAUACCUUCACAUGCUUUGGCAGAUUUGGUUGUGAAACAGCAUCCAGAUCUGGCAGCAAAUUUAAAAGGUAUACCAUUUGUGACAGUUGGCUUGGUCAACUUUUAUUUUGAUUCAGACAAACCUCUUAUUUCUCCUGCAUUUGGAUUUUUGGUGCCUCCGAUAGAGAACUCACCUAUUCUGGGUGUUGUGUUUGACUCCUGCUGUCUUCCGGAUCAAAAUGGUACAGUUUUAACAGUGAUGUUAGGUGGAAGGUGGUUUGAAGAAAAGUUUGGACUGAAUAUAACUGAAAAAGAGUUGUUUGAGAUAGCACAGCGUGAAGUUCGGUCCAUAUUGAACAUAAAGGAGAAACCGGCAGCGCAUCAUGUCCAAAUUCUGAAUAAGUGCAUUCCUCAGUAUAUAAUAGGUCAUUAUGAUAGGGUGGAUAAUGUGAGACAGUAUAUACAAGACAACAAUCUUCCAAUUUCUCUUGUUGGCAGCAGCUAUGAUGGAGUAGGCAUCAAUGAUGUCAUUUAUUCUGCCAAGACUCAGGUUCAGUGAUGUUCAACUUAUCAUUCAAGUAAAUAAACAAGUUUAUACUCAUAAAUGACUGUAAAAUAAGCAUAAGGGGCCAUUCCAGGCUGUACAAAUUCAGAGAUUAUUAUGAAAGGGAUAAAUUUUAUAUAAGCAUUUACCGACUGCUAGAGUAAGGCUUUGUUACAAAUUU